ACUUUGCAGGGCAGGUCGGGUCUCUCCUCGCGUGUGCGCCCAGGCUGUGGGUUUUUAAGUCGGGGUCUGAGCUCGGCUGCCCUUCAGUAGCGACUCCAAGUUCUGAGGUCUCCAGUUUCAAAGCUCGGGGGCCCUGGCCUAUCGGGGUUCACCCUCAGUAUCGACCAUCCUAGAGGCUCGUGGCUCCGCAGGGCGGAUGACAACGAGACCCUCGGGGCGGAGAGGCCACAGGCGGGCGUGAAUAUCUUGGACUGAGAUGUUGAAGGAAGAGGGUGUCGUGAGCAGGAGGCAGCACGCACAGAAUUGGGGGCCCUGCUCUGCGGGAAGAGCCUGCAUGCGGCUCCAGCUCUUCGGGUCACAGACUGGAUCCAGCCAGGUCGGGGAGAGUUGGAGGCCGAGCCCAGAAUCAAGAUGGUAGCGUUCAGGAGGCGCCCGAGGGGACAUCAGCCCAACUCCCCAUUUCACAGAUUCAAAGGUUCAGACACCCAGCGCCUCACCCAACGCCCCGGGGUGCAGAUAAGAGCCCGGAGCUGCACUUUGGCCUCUGGAUCCUUCCCUGGAGCGAGCCUCGCCUCACCCCAUGGUAGCAUCUCCCCUGUUUUAUUUUUAGAACAAUUCUUAAUUCUUGAGUUACUGGCCCAACCAGAAGGACGGAGUGAACUGAAAGAGUGGUCAGGCCCGCUGCUAUUCCUCAUUCUCCCAGAAGUGUCCUGUAGAGCUUGGGUCUGGACCAUUGGGCACCGGAGGAGCGCCUUGCAGGGCUGGGGCCCUGGACUGUGUGGGUAGCAGAAAGUCACAUAUCCCAGGAGGCGAGUGCAAGUCCAAGGACUGAAUUAACCCUGGAGAGUCUGGCUCCCUUGCCAGCCAGCGAACACCGGCCCGGGGCCUCACCAAGAUUUUGCAGAAACUGACUGCGUUUAGGGGCUAAUCUGCCCGAGUUCUCCUGAGGCUAAUUCGCCUGUGAGCAGCAGACUCAGAACAGGAGGGAGAUUCAAACCUCGUGGAUGGCGUUCAAACUUAAGAAGUUCAGAGCCACCAUGGCUCCUUGGCCUGAACUGGAAAAUGCCCAGCCUAACCCCAACAAAUACAUGGAGGGGGCUGCUAACCAGCCAUCCACCACACCUGUAAAAGACAAGGACACCCACAAAAAUGACCCUGGAGCCCCUGUAACCAAGAUUGAGCUUCUGCCGUCCUACUCCACUGUGGCGCUGAUGGACACACCCGCAGAGGAAGAAGACCCCUGGGACCUGCCUGCCCUUCAGGACAAGGGCAUCAAGUGGUCAGACAGAGACACCAACGGGAAGAUUCUCUGUGUCUUCCAAGGGAUUGGGAAAUUCAUUUUGCUUCUGGGAUUUCUCUACUUGUUCGUGUGCUCCUUGGAUGUGCUCAGCAGUGCCUUCCAGCUGGUUGGAGGAAAGGUCGCUGGACAGUUCUUCAGCAACAACUCCAUUAUGUCCAACCCUGUGGCGGGGCUGGUGAUCGGGGUGCUGGUCACGGUCAUGGUGCAGAGCUCCAGCACGUCCUCAUCCAUCAUCGUCAGCAUGGUGGCCUCCUCACUGCUGACUGUGAGGACCGCCAUCCCCAUUAUCAUGGGGGCCAACAUCGGGACGUCCAUCACCAACACCAUCGUGGCGCUCAUGCAGGCGGGAGACCGCAACGAGUUCAGAAGGGCUUUUGCGGGGGCCACCGUCCAUGACUUCUUCAACUGGCUCUCCGUGUUUGUGCUCCUGCCCCUGGAAGCUGCCACCCAUUACUUGGAGAUCUUGACCAACCACGUGGUAGAGACCUUCCACUUCAAGAACGGAGAGGAUGCCCCUGCACUCCUGAAAGUUAUCACUGAUCCCUUCACGAAGCUCAUUAUCCAGCUGGAUAAAAAAGUUAUCAACCAAAUCGCAAUGAAUGAUGAAUCAGCCAAAAACAAGAGUCUGGUCAAGAUUUGGUGCAAAACUUUUACCAACAUGACUCAGAUGAAUGUCACCGUCCCCUCACCUGAGAACUGCACCUCCCCCUCCCUCUGUUGGACGGAUGGUGUCUCCACCUGGACCACCAAGAACGUGACCUACCAGGAGAACAUCGCCAAGUGCCAGCACAUCUUUGUGAAUUUCAACCUCCCGGAUUAUGCUGUUGGCAUCAUCCUGCUGAUUGCCUCCCUGCUGGUCCUCUGUGGCUGCCUGAUCAUGAUUGUGAAGCUCUUGGGCUCUGUCCUUAAGGGGCAGGUAGCUGCCGUCAUUAAGAAGACACUCAACACUGAUUUCCCCUUCCCCUUUGCCUGGGUGACUGGCUACCUGGCCAUCCUUGUGGGAGCAGGCAUGACCUUCAUUGUGCAGAGCAGCUCUGUGUUCACAUCUGCCAUGACCCCGCUGAUUGGUAUCGGCGUGAUAUCCAUUGAGAGGGCCUAUCCACUCACGCUGGGCUCCAAUAUCGGCACCACCACCACCGCCAUCCUGGCCGCCCUAGCCAGCCCUGGCAACACUUUGAGGAGCUCACUCCAGAUUGCGCUGUGCCACUUCUUCUUCAACAUCUCGGGCAUCUUGCUGUGGUACCCCAUCCCGUUCACCCGCCUGCCCAUCCGCCUGGCCAAGGGGCUGGGCAACAUCUCAGCUAAGUACCGCUGGUUUGCUGUCUUCUACCUGAUCUUCUUCUUCUUCCUGACCCCACUGUCAGUGUUUGGUCUCUCACUGGCUGGGUGGCCGGUGCUGUUAGGUGUGGGGGUGCCGAUCAUCCUCGUGAUCCUUCUGGUGGUGAUCUUCAAGCUGCUGCAGUCCCGCUGCCCAAGCAUCCUGCCCUUGAGGCUGCGGACCUGUAACUGCCUGCCCACGUGGAUGCGCUCGCUCAAGCCCUUGGACGGCCUGAUCACUUCCUGCUGUCAGAACCCCUUCUGCUGUUGCUGCCGCACCUGCUGCUGGUGCUGCCGCCUCUGCUGUAUGCCGUGCGGCUGCACCAAGUGCUGCUGUCCCUGCUGCAAGUCUUGCGAUGAUGCUGAGGAGGUGCAGGAUGUCCCCAUCAAGGUCCCUGAGGCCUUUGAUAACUUGGCCAUGGCCAGAGAGUCCCAGGACAGGGGUUCCAAGUCCCAACUGGAUGCUCUGGGCACAAAGACCAUUUCUAACAGCACAGCCUUCUAGGGUCUUCCCAGAAGCAGGAGCAAGGGUCCCUGGUCCCACAUGAUCAUUUUCUUCCUGGUCCUGCUUGCCUUUCUCCACCACAGGAUGUUGCUCUCAAUUGAGAAAUGGAGCUGACAUCAGUCCGAUUCUCAUCAGCCUGCAGGGUGGUUUGAUCUCAGUCGCUGCUGAGUCUUCCACUCUCAGCAUGACGAGACCGGAGCAGUGUAUCGUGGCUAGAACACAAGCACCCCACCCGUGCCUGCACACAGCUGGGCGGGCAAAUCCCCUUCUUCUGAAGGAAAAACCCAUGGGGGGAGGGAUCUAUGGAGCGUUCUCAAAGGAACACAUGUAAGCGCACAUGUUUGUCCAAACACACCACAUGUAUUUUUCCUGGGAUCCUAGGAGCGCGUGAGCAUGGAAAAUCCUGUACUCCUUGCGGCCUCCUUGCUGUUUGUGCAAAAUAACUGCAUGCUAUUUGGAUGGGCAGUUUCUUCCCAUCAUCCCUCCCUGAACUGUCAUCAAGCAGCCGUGGGGUCCCUAUGUCACAGGUGCAAGGAGUGUGCGCCUUCUUGCCCCACACACUCUCUCUGUGCCUUCCAGAGCCCCUGCUGUAUUCACACCUCCCUCCCUGUCUCCCCCCAGCAACCCCACUUCUCUCUGGUGAGUGAGCGAGCUUUAGCCUUGUCUUGGAAAGGGGAUGUGUUCCCGACUCUCCAGUCCUCCUCCAUCCUAGCUCAGUCAUCAUCUUGACUGCUGGGCUUCCAAACUGAGCCCUCCUGGACUUCCCCGUGUAGAUACUGAUUCCCAAGCAGAGCCAUUUAUAAGCUCCCUAUUUAUAGUCACGCGCCUGUACAGCAUUUUUCAUAAGUUAUGUAGUAAGUAGUACUGUGAUUUGUGUUUUGUAGUACUCUCGUUUGCAAAUGAGGUGAGGUUUCUAUUAUGCAAUGCAAAGAAAAGGAAGACCACUUUUGUAUAUUUUGUAAUACUGCCUUUAAAACACGCCCCUGCGCCUCACCCCAGCACACGCUCUGUAAAUAUGUCAGUUGGACCUGGGCGGGGCUGUGGGGGUCUUGGGGCUCUGAUCUUUGAAAAUUGGAUAUAUACCUGCAUUGAUUGUAUUUUCUUUUUUACUGAUUGUGGGAAGGGAACAAUAAAAAAGAUAAUCAAACCCUGAAGGAGUCUUGUUUUUAAUUACAGUGAAAUAAGG